AUAACUUGAAACCCCGUUGCAACUUGCUCCUCACUGGAAAGGUUCAUUUUACUUUUAACAGCAUGAGCGCAAUGGAUAUUACAGAAGAAGGCAAAACGCCAGCUGCCACCGACUCCACCUCAGUACUAUCUACUGCACAGAAUGUAUCGGGUUUGAACAUUUCAGUUCACCCAUUGGUUCUUUUGAACAUAUCUGAUCACUAUACGCGUAUAAAAGUUCAAAAUCCUGAACGAAAUGCUCAAGAGGCGGUCUUUGGCGCUGUGUUGGCAACUCAGUCUGGCAGAGAAAUCGACCUUGUAAAUUCGUUUGAACUUUUACAUGCUCGAGACGAAAACAACAAAGUCAUCAUCGAUAAGGAAUAUCUUACCAUGAAGCAGGAGCAAUUGAAGCAAGUUUUUCCGCAACUGGAUCUGAUGGGAUGGUACGCGUUGGGCACUAGCGCUACUGCUUCGGAUAUCCAAAUACAUACCCAAUUCUUCGAUAUUAAUGAAUCGCCACUGUUCUUACAAUUGGAUCCAAAUGCCAUGACGGGCGGACAUAAAGAACUUCCUCUGGGAAUCUAUGAGUCUUUGAUCGACAUCGUUGAUGGACAGGCGCAGGCAGUAUUUGUACGGGCACAAUAUAAAAUAUCAACAGGCGAAGCGGAACGAAUAGCAGUAGAUCAUGCAUCACGCCCAAGUAUAUCUGCAGACAAAAACGGCGCUGGAGGUUCAUUGAUAUCCAAUCUGACGACGCAACGGAAUGCCAUUGAGAUGUUACAAAUUCGAGUUAGAAUAUUACUAGAGUAUCUCAAGGACACCGAAGCUGGAAUGAUUCCUGUAGACCAUGAUAUUGAACGACAGAUAUCGAGUUUAUGCAAUCGUCUACCAGUUGUGAACAAUAAGGAUUUUAAUGCAGAGUUUUUGAAGGAGUAUAACGACGUUGUACUAACCUCUUACCUGGCUGCCAUCACUAAAGGGGUCAACAAUAUCAACGAGCUCAUUGACAAAGUUAAUUUUACACACAAUGCACCUGGUAGCUAUGUUGGGGGGAGAUCCUCGAGUGGUCGCAAGGGUAAAGCUCGAACAUUUGCAUAGAUGACCUGCAUUAGUGUUAAAUAAAUAAAUGAGCAUCUUGUUUGUUCAUGUUUCCAACGCAGAACAUAA